CGCAAUUACUCUGGACACAUCACUCAGCUGCUGAUCUUUUUUAAGUAGACCUGUGUUUCUUUUAUUUUGCACAGAGCGAGAGGUAAAUACUAACAGAUCAAAAUGAUGACCAAACAAUUUGGAAAGAGUGGGGAUGUGAGUGAGCUGGUGAGCUCCCUCGGCUGGCUGGAGGAGGAUGACGGCAGCUCUCAGGAUGGAGAAGAAAGCCAUGGCCUGACUGUAGGUGGGCGAAUCCGCUCCUGCACAGAACUGGGCAGUGAGGAUAUGGAGGAAGAAGAAGAGGAGGAGGAGGAGGAGGAGGAUGAGGAGCAGGAGAUUGGACCAAAUGGAGAACAGGCUCCCAAAAGGAGAGGCCCUAAGAAGAAGAAGAUGACCAAAGCAAGAAAAGAGAGGUGUCGUACCCGGCGAGUCAAAGCCAACGCCAGAGAACGUUCACGUAUGCACGGGCUGAACGAUGCCCUGGAAAAUCUGCGCACAGUGAUGCCCUGCUUCUCCAAGACACAGAAGCUGUCAAAGAUUGAGACUCUACGGCUGGCUCGCAACUACAUCUGGGCUCUGUCGGAGUCGCUUGAGAGUGGCCAGUCCCCUGAGAGUCAUGGCUUUGUGGAGAUGAUGUGUAAAGGUCUGUCUCAGCCCACCAGUAACCUCGUGGCCGGCUGCUUGCAGCUGGGGCCCAGUCCAAUGAUGCUCAGCAAGAUGGACGAUAAGUGUGGCGGCCCGGGGGUGGGUGGUGUGGGGGGUCAGGCUAGCCAUCCCCUCAGCUACCCGUCUCCAGGCCUUCCCAGCCCCCCCUAUGGCUCCCUGGAGGCUUCCCACCUCCUCCAUAUGAAGGGAUUCAAGGGGCCUCUAUAUGACAACCCCUCCCCGAACGAGUGCAGCAGUGGCACUCCACCAUACGAUGGACCCCUCACUCCCCCACUGAGCAUCAGUGGCAACUUUGCCCUGAAGCAGGAGCCCUCUCCCCGUGAGUCAGAGAGGAACUACACAUCCCACCCUGGCCACCAUGCCCACUACCUCUCGUCCCACCAUUACCCCACUUCCACGACUGGCAACCUACCAGGAGGGCCUCAGGGCCACCCACUUUUUCAAGCUUCACGCUAUGACCUGCCCCUGGACGUGGCCUUUGACCCCUACACUCCCUCUCACCUGGUCGCCUCUCAGAUGGGCAGCAUCUGAAAUCUGACCAUGAACAGUUAAGUGGCCCAGUGAUUGACUCUGGUGCGAAAUUGGCA